GUCUGCCUUCCCGUGGUGCAAGCUACCCGAUGUGAAAUCAUGUCCUCGUCACCAUCCGGCCUAGAGGACGGUGUGAAACUGCUGGGAACGGUACAGCGAUGUGAAAGUGCAAGAAAAUCGUUCGCAGGCGGUGCUGCCGGAACAAGCAAAAUGAUCGAAAUGCAACCAGCGGAACUGUCCGAAACGGAGGACAACUCGUACAUGUACUUCCGGCAGGAGGGUUUGUUUGCAAACAGUUUUCCGAAAAUGAAAGAAAUCCGCCGCAUGGGUAAACUGUGCGACGUUACACUGAAGGUGGAUUCUCACUCAUUUUCGGCGCAUCGUAUCGUGCUGGCCGCAACCAUUCCGUAUUUCUAUGCAAUGUUUACCCACAACAUGGCUGAGAGUAGAAUUAAAGAAAUCACGAUGAAGGAAAUCGAGCCAAUGGCACUGGAAAGUUUGAUCAACUUCGCUUACAGUGGUCUAGUCAAAAUCGAUACGCAGAACGUGCAGAGUCUCAUGGUUGGUGCAUCGUUUCUACAGCUGAACGAAGUACGGGAUGCGUGUGCUAAAUUUCUCAAGCGCAAAUUUCACCCACAAAAUGUGCUAGGCAUUAGGCAGUUUGCCGAUACGCUCGGUUGUCCGAAGCUGAUCGUAUCUGCCGAUCGAUACAUACACCAACACUUCUCCAAGGUAGCGAACGGGGACGAAUUCGUCGCGUUGAGCUACAACGAGCUGAUCGACGUAAUAAGCCGCGACGAGCUAAAUGUUAAGAGCGAAGAGUGCAUUUUUGAAGCGUGCAUGCGCUGGGUCAAGCACGACCAGGACGUACGUUCCGAAUAUCUGCCCCUGAUACUGGCCAACAUUCGAUUGCCGCUGCUUUCGCCACAAUUUCUUGCGGACAACGUUUCAACGGAAGAGUUGAUCAAGACGUCACACAAAUGUCGUGAUCUGCUGGAUGAGGCACGCGAUUUUCACCUAAUGCCAGAGCGGAGGGCUCUCGUGUCCACGACAAGGACUCGACCGCGAUGCUUUGAUUUUGUCGUUGGCUUAAUCUUUGCCGUCGGUGGACUGACGAAGAACGGUGAAUCGGUCAGCACGGUAGAGAUCUACAAUCCGGCCACGAAGGAGUGGAGCAUGGGCGAAGCAAUGACGAUGCUACGGUCACGGGUUGGUGUUGCCGUUACCAAUGGGAAGCUGUACGCAUUCGGUGGAUUCAAUGGUACGGAACGGCUAUCGACGGUGGAAAUUUACGAUCCACGGCAGCACCGAUGGUCCCAGGGCACGGCAAUGCGUUGCAAACGGAGCGCUGUUGGUGUGGCCGCGCUGGAAGAUUACGUGUACGUUUGCGGUGGUUAUGAUGGUGUGACUAGUCUUAGCACGGUGGAACGAUACUGUCCGCGGACGGACGUCUGGAGCACGGUAGCACCGAUGAUGAAGUACCGUUCGGCCGGUGGUGUUGCCGCACUGGCUGGCUACGUGUACGCACUCGGUGGUCACGAUGGGCUCUCCAUUUUCGAUACUGUAGAGCGAUACGAUCCGUUCACCGACACGUGGACGAAGGUGAUAUCGAUGCUGAACCGACGGUGUCGUCUUGGGGUGGCCACCCUCGGCAACAAGCUGUAUGCUUGCGGUGGGUACGAUGGCAACUCGUUCCUACGCUCGGUUGAAGUUUACGAUCCGGUCAAGAACAGCUGGUCGCUCAUUGCACCGAUGAACGUAAAGCGAAGCCGGGUAGCUUUGGCCGCCAACAUGGGCAAACUGUGGGCCAUCGGAGGGUACGACGGCGAGUCAAAUCUAUCCACCGUCGAGGUGUACGAUCCAAAAACCAACACCUGGACCUUCGUGGCACCGAUGAAACAUCACGGCGGUGGCGUCGGAUGUGGUGUCAUACCAACACCGUUCCAGGACUAAGCAGCUGGGUCCCUAUUUUCGUGCUGGUUUAAAUGUUUGAAUGUAAUAACACGCUGCCAAGCAGCUCACGUACCUUGCACUACCAAACACACGGCUGUCCCGACCAUAGAUCAUCUAUUCGGAACUGCAAGGCUAAAGCUACCUCCUCCUUCAUCUGUCAAGCAUCCUUUCGGUAACCUGCUGCAGGCCAAGAUUUCAUCCUAUCACGCGUUGUUUAGGACCGGUAACGUAAUUGCAAUUAGGAUCUCUUAUUCGUAACUCGUAAAAUUCGUCGUCAUGUGCAAAUUUCAGGGGAACGUAGCUAGUAGUGGAGUUAAAUAUAUCUUUACUGUGUUAAUGUGGCUCGAAAGGGAAGCCCUGGAUCGAGUUUUUGUAGAAGCCGAUUGGUGAAUUGAUCAUGUCAGCAAGAUACGCUCAACUUCAAACGUUGAACAAUGUGUUACAGAAUACACCGCUAACACCAUUUCGGAUGAUUUAAGAUCCACUCAUCUCGGCUGGUUGUUCAACGAUAUCUUACACACAACAAUAGCUCAAUUAUGCACGCUUAGUAUAUUAUUCUGGUUUCGAAUAUUAUUGCACUAGCUGUGUGUAAAUCUAUGUACCCCGUUAAUAAGUGUUGUAAGUUGGACUGAUCGCUCCAGUUGUCUAACAUUAUUCAUCACAAGAUUCAUAACAAAAAAUCCAAAUUCGUUGUACUAAGUAAAAAUGUCUAUUGUAAUAGUCCCGCCGUGGAAAACCUUGUUUCAUUACGUUAAAAGAAUGUUGAAAUAAAGCAAAUAAAUGUUUAC